AUGAAGAAACCCAAGUAUAUAGUUUUUUCUACCAAUAAAAAUAAAAAGUUGACAUAUGACUUCAAGGAUAUAACAGAAACAAAUAGCACUAUUGCUUGUGGACCAUCCAGACCGUUAAUAGUAACAGAAAACUUGGGAUAUAUAUCAUCACCUGGUUUUGACAAUUUUCAUUACUAUCCUGCUCAGAAAAAUUGCUCAUGGAUUCUCAAGGCUUCAGAAGGAAAAGUUUUCAUGCUUCAUACAAUGUUCUUCUCCUUGAACAUGGAUUGCGAAACAGAUUUUCUAUAUCUAUAUGAUGGAGAGAAGAAAGUUGGGCAAUAUUGUGGUUACUUCAUACCACCUGUGCACAAAUCCAAGAAUAGUGUUAUUCAUCUCAAGUUUGUUAGUGGAAGAACUCCAAGAGAUGUGGGAUUUAAAUUAUAUUUUCAGCAAGUAGAUCCCACUGUGAUUUGUGAAGAUGACGAAGUGACUUGUCGUCAUAGGACAAAAUGUGUUCCACAAGAUAGAAAAUGCGAUGGAAUCGAUGAUUGUGGUGAUGGAACAGACGAAGAAAAAUGUGAUCAAAAGAAUGUCACCUCUAACUCUUGUGGAAUUCCCGCCGUGAAGCCAGUUCUAGACAGUUUCCGUAUUGUUGGAGGAAAAAAAGCUGUUCCUGGAAGUUGGCCUUGGCAGGCAUCUUUGAGAUUGAUAGCCAAUACACCAAACAGUCAUUAUUGCGGUGGAGUGCUAAUUAAUAAGCAAUGGGUGCUCACAGCUGGGCACUGUUUUAAGAAAGGGAAUUUAGAAGUAAGGAACUGGAAUGUCUUGUUUGGAAAGCACUUCACCCUCGUCCCUGACGAGACAGAACAACUGCGAUACAUGGAAUCGAUACAUCUCCAUCCCAAAUAUAAUAUAAACGAAACUAGACUUUCAAUUCCAUGGCUGCAGAGGAAACAGCACGAUCUUGCUCUGGUCAAGUUGAAUGCUCCAAUUACAAUCACAAAAUACGUAUCUCCAGUGUGCUUACCGCCCGCAAACUAUACCAUACCUGUUGGAACAGUUUGCUACGUGACUGGAUGGGGAGAUACUUAUGGCACAGGUUAUGAAUUGGAGCUGAAGCAGGCCGCUGUACCAAUCGUGUCAUUAGAACAGUGUCGCAAGUGGCACAGAUUUUUGGAUGUAGCUCCUACUAUGGUUUGUGCGGGGCAUGCUGAUGGUGGACACGAUUCAUGUCAGGGUGACAGUGGAGGUCCUUUAGUGUAUACAGAUGAUAAGAAUGUUUGGCAUAUUGCUGGUAUAGUAUCAACAGGUGGCAAUAUAUGUGCAGAUAAAGAAUCACCUGGAAUAUACACCUUGGUACCUUAUUACGUGGACUGGAUAGAGCGCACUAUCAAAGCACACACGUGA